UUCCUGCCCAAAUAGAAACCAUUAUAAUUUGUGUUAACAUGAAAUAUUUUUCUCUCUUUUUACAAUCAGACUAUCAUCAUGGGGAGAAUCUGUGCUGUUAUUGGGUGCUCGAACAGUACAUUCAAGCUUGAUAAAUGGUAUUUACAAUUGUGUGACAGACAUGGCCUGAAAUAUGGGGCCUGCGUAUGCACACCACCUUUUGUACCAUUCCCUUUUCCUUUGCAAAAUAAAGAUGCAGACGGCCGUCGACGAUGGAUAAAGGCGAUAAAUCGAAAACGUCCAAAUGGCAAAAACUGGGAACCAACGUAUGGAGAUAGGGUUUGCUCAUAUCACUUUCGAGAUGGACAACCUAGUGCAGCGUGGCCAGACCCAACAAUGAAUCUGGGAUACAGCUCAGCACACCAGUCUUCACAUAAAUCUCCUCGUCUGCCUCCAAGAGAAAGACCUCAGUGCCCAGAAAAGAAGAAAUCAACAAGUAAACGGAAGAGAAAGAAUGUCGACUUGACAGGAGAUCCUGACUCACAUGAAACCUCUACAGCUGAGGAGCACCUAGAAGUUAGUGAGACAGCUUCAAGUAAAGAAAAGAGGAAAUCAACAUGUAAACGGAAGAGAAAGGAUGUCGACUUGACAGGAGAUCCUGACUUUCAUGGAUCCUCUACUCUUGAUGAGCACCAAGAAAUUGAUGAGACAGCUUCAAGUAAUAAGGAGAAAAGAUCUGAUCAUAUUGUUGGUGCACAUCUCACUGAUCAUAUGGGCUACAUUGUGAUAAAAUAUUAUGUACCUGCCUUGGAUGUGUUGCAAAGCAAAAACAAAUUGAAGAUCUACAACAGAGGAAUAGUCAUUUACAGGCAAAGCUGAAAGCUACAAAGAAACAGCAUGGCAAGAAAGGUGAUUUUGAUAUGACUACUGUUGUCACGAGAACUGAUAAAACUGUCAGAUUGUACACUGGAUUUGAAUCCAAAAAGUCACGAGUAAUAUGUCCUUUCCUUUUAUUCGUCUGAUGAAAGGGACAUAAUGUUUCUGGUGAUUUGUUGAACUAUUUGAUUGGAGCCAAGGAGCCCUAUGUCUAUAUUAAUAAAGAGAAGCAAACAUAGGCUGUGCAGGAAUACAGUAAUUGUGCUAGUCAAAUGCACGGGUAUGAACUGGUUAGUGAUUAUUUCUGUCUUGAGGCUAGCUUAACUUGAUACAUUUAUUAGAAUUUCAUAUAUUGACUGUACCUCUUUAUAUCUUGUAUCAGGGCUGAACAUUUAUGAAAUAAAUAAAACAUGGACAUGUGAAAUUGACUAACUACAUGUAUGUAUGUGGGGUUCCAAAGUAUUACACAUUUACUGUUUUUCUAUACACAUUUACAGGUGUAUUUUCUUGGGCUAUAGGAAUACAUUUUUGUUUAAAUAAUUGAAGUGUGCUAUUUACCAAAGUAUUGUAUGUUUUGUGUGUGCUUAUAUUUUUAUCAAGACAAAAAAUAGGAUUUUUGUAUCCUUAUGCAAUAAUAAAGCAGCUAACUACAUAUGAUAUGCAGCUCAAAGAGAUAUCUUGAUCAUGAGAAUAGUUACAUUUCUCAUCUUAUAUUUCUGUUGUAAAUAGUGACAGAGAGAGGUUUUCUUCUCCAAGCGAAAUCAGAUUUUCUGCAACGGGGCCCAGAAGUGAUUACUGUUCUUUUACUACUAUAAGUUCCAAUCGAUUUGCAUUCUAGUAUUCUUGUAUGUCCUGUAGAGUAUUAUUAAUUUAGUUUUUGUACAAUAUAUUUGCUGUCCCCAAAUUAUUUGGUGGAAUUGAUGGAAUAAAUGAAGAUAACAUUUUCAGUAGUCAUCUUCAUUUAUAAGAAUAAAUUGGUGUUGAUUCCCUGA